AUGUUGCAUCCAACGAAAUGUCAAAAAUAUUCAAGAAAGACUUAUGAAACAAAGUUUGCACAUCAGUAUAUCAAAAAUGUAUCUAUCAACGAUGACUCUGAAGGUUAUUCUGAUAUUGACAAUGCUUCUUUUCAUGAUGAGCUGGAUGAUUAUGACAAUGUUGAUAGUUUUUCUGUUCAUGAUGAGCCAGUGGAAAAUGAUAAUGCUGUAAGCAUUGUUAAAAAACUUCAAGAAGCAGCAAAAGAAUAUUAUCAGGAACAUGCUUCUCACGAAGCACAUAGACUACGUUACAUAGGAAACUCAAGAACUAUUACGUUGCAUACCUUUUGGAAUGUCAAGAGAUCUGUCAAGGAAGUUGAUAAGAAGCUGGCUGACGAAACUAAUGUAAAAGCAAAUGAUGAUAUUGGCAGACAAUCAGAUAAUGAGGAUGAGGAUUGCAAUUGA